AUGAUCAUCACUUUGAGCGAAAGAACUCCAUUUGCCAACAUGGGCAUGUGCGGGCUGUCUGUUUUACUGACAGUCCCCCAAUUAUCUUCGAAGAUGUGGCGAAAACUCAACCAUCCAGGUCAGCGAGAGAUGAAGAUUUACAUGCAGACGUUCAUAGCACAACCAAAUUGCCUCUGCAUCAGCGCCGCCCUGCUCCCCCAAAGCCGCCCAACUCCCCCUGUCCUGACCACAAGCAAGGUCCAAAACGAGAUAGUGCUUCCAACCAUGCUUGCACUUGCCCUUGGCAUCAUGAUGUGGAGGACCCUGGCAUUUACAGCCAUCACCCACAAUCAUCUAGGUCGUCAAGGUCAUAUCAAAACAUCAAUUACCGGGCCACCCAUCACUAUCGACAUUAUCAUGAUCAUCACUUCUCGGACUUUCAUGGACCCGUGGAGUCCCACACAUGUCAUGAUCAUGGCAUCGAUUCAAACGCGAGGCAUCUUGAUCCACCUUACCGCGCGAGAUGCGGUCGACAUCGUGGCCCACAUGCCGAGCACGCUAUGGAUCCCUCUGCCGAACGUCUCUGUGAAGGCCACUCGCCUCAACGGCCUCGCCGAGUUCGAUAUUGGGUUCUAG